AUGUUCCUUGGCAGGCUCUUCCACGGACUCUCUCGUUCUCAAGCCGCCCUCCUCAGCUGGGACAUGCCCCCCUCCAUCGCCUCCUCUCCCUCUGCUCAAACCGUCUGUUACGGCUACACCAUGCGCACCAGUACAUUAGGACUCCUCACCCUCAUUUUCUACAUCCAGGGAAAUCUGCACGCGGUCGAUACGACAAUGGCGGUUAUGGGUGCGUAUUGUGGAAUCGCGGAUUGUGCGAUUUUUUGGUACUGGGGCAAUAGGAAGGUGACUGCACUGAGGUUGGCGAGUGUAUUGGGGAUUGCGGCGUGGGGAAUGUUGGGUUGA